AUGUUGAUCAAAGAGUACCACCAUGAUAUCCCCACGACCGCAGACGGCAAUGGCUCAAUGCGAAUAUACGUCUUCCACCCCUCCAUCCCGGGGUACCCCAACGCCCGCUUCCCGGGUGUAGUCGUGUUCAGCGAGAUCUACCAGGUAACCGGCCCCGUCGCCCGCUUCGCCCGCCAAAUCGCAGGACAGGGCUACAUCGUCGCCGCCCCAUCUAGCUACCACGAGUUCACGGGCCCCGAAGCGCUCUCCUACAACGCCGAGGACACAGACAAGGGGAACGAAUGGAAGGUCGCCAAGAAGCUGGCCGCGUACGACGAGGACGCGGCGCUGUCUGUGAGCUAUCUGAUUGAUCUGCCCACGUGUACGGGGCGCAUCGGGGCGACGGGGAUGUGUCUUGGUGGUCACCUUGCGUAUAGAUGUGCGCUUGAUGCACGCGUGCAGGCGACGGUUUGUUAUUUCGCGACGGAUAUCCAUAGCCGUACGCUUGGGGCGGGGAAGAAUGAUGAUAGCUUGGCGAGGGCGGGGGAUAUCAAAGGGGAGCUUGUUAUGAUCUUCGGCAAGAAUGACACCCACGUUCCACCGCAAGGACGGGACUUGAUUCGGUCUACGCUCCAUGAGAAGGGCGUGCUAUUUAGCUUCUACGAGGUUGCUUGGGCUCAGCACGCCUUCAUUCGCGACGAGCUCAGCAAGGGUCGCUACGAUCCAGCCAUUAGCAAGGUUUGCUUCGAGAUGCUUCUCGAGCUGUUUGGGCGGACACUAAAGCUGGACCUCGGUCAGCAUGAUGGGAAGGAAGUUAAGAUUGAGGAUGUUUGUUAA